CUUUGCGGCGCUGAAACACGGUUUGUUGACUGCCUAUCCCUUGGCUGCCCCUUGUCGCCAAGCGAGGCAGAUACACAUGAGACUUAGGUAGCAAGCACUGACCUCGUCUCACCGACCUUGCCUGGAAUACGAAGAAGAGGGGUCCGCCAAGGAGUUGUUGGUGGCUGCCAUAUGAUAUGUAAUUUGGCGCCCGUCCCAUCCAACCUCGAAUACCACGCCUCCUACGCCUCAAAGAUCCAACACCUGCGGUUUUUCAUAUAGCGAUCACGGAACCGGCCCCCGGCUGAAUCUUAACAUGACAGCGAAUGUAUAGCACGUGGAAAAUGUUGUCGUCUAAGAUACACUCGAGGAUUUCCCCACGACUGUUCACGCAUAAUCUCAAUAACGAAAAGGGUUGGUUCAAGCUGAAUCUCUACCGAGCUUUCAAUCGAAAUCUCACAGUACACAUUGCGAUUCUCUCCACAAUCUUUGCAUAUCAUAGUUACCAUACUAGGACCCAAUUUCUGGUAGUGGUAGCAAUGUCGGAAGACUCAUUGUGUUUCAGGGAAGCGUACGAUGCGCGACUAAGUGGCAGGAUCGAACUGGAAGAAUCUUUGAUACAUACUGUGGCCCAUUACGGAGGCUUGAGACACCAGACAGACGCUGAAGGGCAGAGGCCAUAUAUCCCGGCAGGAUUCGAGAACGAAGUCAGGAAACUGGUGCUCAGCCAGAACUUUCAACCGCUUGAUGAAGAUAAUACGGCCAUCAUUAAUUCCAUCUUCCUGAGUGGAUUCCAAGGUGACGUUGCCGCCGUCCGGAAACUUAUCGACUCCUCUAGUAUAAGUUCAGAACAUUAUCUCCGCCCUCUCAUGAGAAUCUCAACGGCCGAAGGCGAUCCACAACUCCUUCGUGUCUGCUUUGAGAACGGUUUCUUAGGCACAGGUUAUCUUGACUCCGAACUUCUCCUCGGUUCUCGUGUCCGCAAUAAUCCCAGUACGGCAUGGCUCGACGUUCUUUUUGAUUUCGAUCUCCACCAGUGGCGCACAAAUCCUCAGCAGUUAUGCAAGUGGCGGACAUGGCAUCAUUUGCUCUUUAUGGGAGCUGACUGUACCCGCUGGUGGAUCGAGCACGGGGGCAGCGCAUCGAGGGCUCGAGGACUUUUCGAGCAUACUACGGGAUGGCCGGGGGCUCCAACGAUACGGGUUUUGCUGGAUGAGUUCGGAGUGGACUGGUUCAUUGACUCGGGGACGCUGCAACUGGCGGUUCAGAACCAUGACUUUGAGACCGUGAAGAUGCUAGUUGAGGCAGGAGCGGAUGUUAACGAAUAUCCAACUGAUUGGCAAAUGGACGUUCGUGAGUAUCGAGCGGCUCCCUUAUCAGCCCUGCAUGAGGCGAUGUAUGCGAAAUCUGAAAAGAUGAUUCGGUAUUUGGCGGAACAUGGUGCAAAGCUCACGCUCGAGGAUCUUCAUAUCCCCGACACAUACAACACUCUACCGAAGGAAUACAGGGUCUUCGCGGACUUGGUGGUAGAGCUAGGCGCAGUCAAGGAGGCGACGUCUCUUUGAAUCUGUAAUCAAACAUGUUUGUCUUCGGUGUUUUUCAAAUUGCAGGGCAAGGAUAAAACCAAAUUGUACAAACUUGACGUAUCGAACCGUAGAUGUCAAGAACUCUAUGCCUGUCACAAUCUUUCCUGAUUUACAGAAGGCGGAUGCAUGUAUCUUCGCUUGCCGCCCAUCGAGUAUUUUCCAAAGAAGACAUGAUAACCACAUGGCUGGUUGGUUGGUUGGUAUUGUUUUUCGUCCGAAGGACGGUAGCUAUUUCUAUCUACUAUUCUGUAGCCUCCCUUAGGGCAUUGGGACGUGCAAAAAAGUAGAAUUAUAGUAUUGUUAUAUUACUGCU